AUGGUGUCAAAGAAGAGGCAGGAUUAUGGAUUCAGUGGCUACAGAAUCCCGGUUAUUCCCAGAGCACCUAGAUCAAUUAGGAGGAGAAGCCCACGAAAGAAAUUGGUGGAAGACAGCACAAUUUCUGCAUUUGAAUUACUUGCAGCUGUAGCUGGAAAGUUGCUACAAGAGAGUGAAAGCUCCACUUCAAGUAAUGCAGCCGAAGGGAAAGUGCAUCCUGGCUUUUACCGAGAUGGUAAUAAGACGAGGCUACCUGAAAAUGAUAAAGCUCUGAAAUUCAAGCACUUUGACCAGGGAAGUUGUGUCGAGAGUGCGUUUGUUCCAGAAAUUUCUAUUCAAGAUCACAAUAAUUUAUCAAAUGGCAAGGGACUUUCACAAGCAGAAAAUGAUUCUCUCUUGGAACACACUUCUGCACUUGCAAGUCGCGAUUUGCCAACAAAUGUUGAUUAUGAUAUGAAGUUGGAAAUGUGCAAGGACAGAAGUUCAGAUGGAACUUUCCCUUGUAAAGCAGAGGGACGCUCGGAUGAUGUUGGUGAUAUUUAUGACCCUAAAAUGGACGAUGGACCAGAACAGAUAGUGGAUGAAAUAGAACAGUUGUCCUUGUAUAGGGACCCUAUUCCUGGUGCUCCGUUGCAAAAGCACAGGAGUGAUGUAAAGUUAGGUAUUAGAGAUGAUGACGAAAAUUCUUUUGGGUGCAAUAAACCUAGCACCAAGAUAAGGCCCUUUAGGCUACAACCAUGCAAUGGAUACCAUAGAACAAGGAAGAUGCUGACAUCUAAAUACAGGAAAGUAGCUCCAAAAUUCAAAGAUCGUGAAUUUUAUAACUCCAGUGAGGGAAUGAAAUACUUUUGCCGAUACAGGAAAAAUAUUUGCAGAAGAGAAAGAUGUCAUUGGGCCCCAAUUAAGAAAAGGAAAUUGUUUGAUCACAGCUUUGAAGUUGCAUAUGACCAAGAGGCCAGCAGCGAAAGUGUCUCUAAUUUACCUGAAAAGGAGAUGAAGGGAGAUAAGAGUAGCUCAGCUACAAUCCUGCAUAAAGAAAAUGGUGUGUCAGCUUCAGUUAAAGCUCAUCAAAAAUCAAAGGACUCUAAGGUGAAAUUUAACAUCAAGUCAUUCGGGGUGCCAGAACUUCAAAUUGAGGUUCUUGAAACUGCAACCGUUGGUUCUCUGAAGAGGAUGGUGAUGGAGGCAGUCACUGCUAUUCUUCGAAGUGGACUACAAGUUGGGGUAGUUCUUCAAGGGAAGAAGGUUAGAGACGACAAUAGAACUCUACGGCAGGCUGGAAUUUCUCAAAGUAGCAACCUCGACACACUUGGUUUUGCAUUGGAGCCAAGUUCUACACAUGUUUCUGGACCGAGGACUGCAAAAGAUCUUCCUCUAGUAUUACAAUGUAAUGCAGAUCUACAAUCAUCCAGGUCUCCAGCCAGUCCAUAUUUUGAUUCGUGCAUUUCAAAGGCCUCACUUGAUCCUCGUCUAGUUAUGAAGUUGGACAAUGAUAUUGGUAGCAACCAUGAAUUAAAACCCUCCCCAAAUGCCCCUACCGAUGCAUUAAAAGAUGAAGCAUUGCCCGACUCCAAGGCCUUGGUUCCAGUCCCUCCAACAAAUAUGGAGGCACUUGCAGUAGUUCCCUUUAACUCAAAACGUAAACAUAAUGAACUUUCGCAACGUAGGACUAGGAGACCCUUCUCUGUGGCUGAAGUGGAAGCCCUGGUUGAAGCAGUUGAAAAACUGGGAACUGGAAGGUGGCGUAAUGUUAAAAUGCGCGCAUUUGAGGAUGCAGAUCAUAGAACUUAUGUGGACUUGAAGGAUAAAUGGAAGACCCUAGUUCAUACUGCAAGCAUAUCUCCUCAGCAACGUAGGGGAGAGCCCGUGCCACAGGAUUUGUUGAAUCGAGUCCUAGCUGCCCACACAUAUUGGUCGCAGCAUCAACCUAAGCACGGAAAGCAUCAAGUCGAACCUCUGCAAAUCACAGAUUCUCCGGUUGAGAUGGUAGGAGCUUGA